CGCCUAGUUGUUUUCACUGCCACCUAACCUCCCCCAAGAUCCCGAUGUCGGUGGCGCCGCACUUGCUCAAGCGUCAGGCGUCGUCGUUCAAAGACCGCAUCCAGCACGCGCACAACUCGCGGGAUCUCUGGGCGAUCGGGACGACCAUCGUCAUUGGUGGCCAAUUCAUCUCUUGGAAUUCUGGGCUGACCGUUGGCGCCGCGGAAUAUGGCGUGGCGGUGGUGAUCAUGGGGGUUGCGUACACGUGUCUGGCGUGCUGCAUGGCGGAAAUGUCGAGUAUGUUGCCGUUCGCAGGGGGUGUGUACGGCCUCAGUCGGUGCACGAUGGGCUUUUCGAUUGGAUUUGUGCUUGGGUGCUGCGAAGUGCUCGAGUACGCCAUGUACGUGGCCACGAUGAACGUGACGCUGAGCAAGUUGGUCGUGGUGCGGUGGCCCAGCGUCCAGCCGUUCCAGCCAUGGACGUGGGUCGUGGCGAAUGGGUUUUCACUGUCGCUACUGACCGUCGGCGGCAAAGUGUUUUGGAAGUUCAACCUCGUCUUGGCCAUGAUGCUGGUGGUGCAAGUGCUCGUGUACUGCCUAGGCUCAGCCCCAUUUGCCGACAUGAAGGCGUACGCCACGGCUGCUGCCCCUUCGACGACGACCGCUUUCGCCUGGUUUAAGCAGUUCCCCGUCUCAUCUUGGUUCUACGUUGGCAUCGAGGCCAUCAACACGCUGUGCAACGAAGUGGACGAUCCCAAAAACUCGAUUCCCCGCGGCCAAGUCGCGUGCUUAGCCACGAUGGUCGUGACGGGCGUCAGCAUUUUCCUCACGGCGAUCAGCUGUCCGCCAGGUAUGGCCGACCUCAAAACGUCGUUGGCCGUGUUCAAUGGCGGGUACACUCAUUUCUUUGGCCUGUCCCUUGCGGAUGCCACCAUGCUGUCCAUUCCAGCAUGCUUUGCGUGCAUCCCUGGGUUCCUCCUCUGCAUGGCCAACAUCAUGUCGUCAAUGGCAGAGUCCAAGUUGAUUCCGUAUGCCCUGCACCGCCGCAGUGCGACCUUUGGCACCCCCGUCCGCGCAGUCGUCGUGUCGAUCCUGCUAAGUCUUGGCCUGAGCUUUGUCGUGCACCACAUCCCCAACGCCGACACCACCAUGUACAACUUGAGCUUGAGUUUUGGAACGCUGGCGUACGUGUCCCAGUGCAUUGGGUACAUUUUCCUCCACCGACGGUACAAAACCAUGAAGCGGACGUUUAACAGUCCGUUUGGGGUGCCGGGAGCCGUGGUGGCGAUCACGAUCUUCGCCGCCAGCUUCGUAUCCCUCGUCAGCCUUCAGCUGGAUUCGGCGCGCGCCAACGUCUGCUUUGUCACGACGCUGGCGGUGCUCACGCUGUACUACCACGUGUACGCCAAGCGGCGGCAAACAAUUUCGGACGACGAGCGCAAAAUUCUCUUCUUCGUGCACGUGGCCAACCACAACGAAGCGAAGCGACAGCACGGGCGACCGCCUCGUGGGGUGCUAAAGGUCUUCUACAUGAUCACCUCAAAAGUGACGACGUUGACGCAUAAGACGACCCAGCAGCAGUCCACCCCCAUCCAAGAACAUCCCCGUGGCAAGCAAGCAACACCCCACGCAUCUCCGCUGGAAACAGAUUUGCCCCCAGACGUACGUCACGAUUAAAAGUUCACCCGGUCAGUCACAGUUACAAAAGGUCAACGUGAUGUUGCACUUAAUGCGGCAAAUCAAACGUCGGGACAUACGCGUUUAGCCUUAUACUCUGAUAAACACUGAUAAACAUGCGUCGUCACAUCCA